AUGAGUUCGGGAUCCGAGCCCCGGCCACCUUGGACACCCUUCAGCAUCGCAGACAUCCUAGGCCCACGCAUGGUUCCCCGAGGACCCUCUGCGUCGCAGCUUCCAGAGUCGAGACCAGGUCCCACGUCGCCGCUGUGCGCGCUGGAGGAGCUGACUAGUAAAACUUUCUGCGGACUUGAUGGGCACGCUCCACAACCCUCUGAAGGCCGCGCAGCCCCAGGCGCGCUGGGCCCCGGCCCGGCCGGCCGCAGACGGCGGAAGUCACGCACGGCGUUCACCGCGCAGCAGGUGCUGGAGCUGGAGCGGCGCUUCGUCUUCCAGAAGUACCUGGCGCCUUCCGAGCGCGACGGGCUGGCGGCGAGGCUCGGCUUGGCCAACGCGCAGGUGGUCACGUGGUUCCAGAACCGGCGCGCCAAGCUCAAGCGCGACGUGGAGGAGAUGCGCGCCGACGUGGCCUCGCUGCGCGCGCUGUCCCCCGAGAUCCAGUGCCGCCUGGCGCUGCCUGACGGCGCCCCGGGCCUCGGCCCCGGCCCUGCCUGGCCUGACUCUGGGCUCCACCUGGCAGACGAGGAGAUAGAGGUGGACGAUUGAAGCGAAAGCCGCCGCCCGGGCUCCGGGGCGCUGGACUCCGCGCCUCCGCGUCCAGUCGGGGUUCCGGGGUGGAGGGAGGGUGUCGACCCAGGCCUCACAGCCCAGACGCCCACGUUUCCCAACUGCUGAGAAUAAAGUUGAGACUCCGCCACAGCAUGCCUCAGUCCUGGCGCCCAGAGCAGUAAGAGCGGACUCUACUGAUUAUCGCGAAGAUUCUGUGUUUGGCACUGUGCCCGGCGCUUUAAACGCGGUGUUUCCGUUAACCUGCAUAGCAACCCUGUAAGGUGAAAAAGCAGACAAGAGAGUCACCAGGCAAAGGGCUCAUAGUAAGAAGGAGGCAGAUUCCAACCCAGGCAUCACAGUGUGACUUCAGAGCCAUUGCACCCAGUGGCCUCCUGGAGACCCUGCAGUCCCCAAGCCCUGUGGGUCCCCUGGCCAUCCUGAGUUCUUUUCCUGUUCACAAAGCUUCCCUUCCCUCCCUCCCCUAAAUCCCUCUGGGCUCCCCCUCCGUCUGCCCUCCAGCUACCUUCUUC